UCGCCCGUUCGAACGUAAAUUUCACCUCGUGAACGCAACCCGACGCCGUCGCGAUGGUUGCCCAGUGUGUUCCCCCUGUGUCGGCGCCACCGACGCCAUCACCGCCAAACAGCGCCAGCGGUUGGGAAGAUUUUGUUUGAAAAGUGCAAUGACACACCUAGCGACCGAAGGCGCGAGAACCGUCCGGGAGGUGGCAGAGCACCAUUCCACCGUUGGAUUAGCGACUCGAAUUCGGACUUCAACGGUGAAGAAGCGACCGGUUUUGUGGGUGGGAAAGGAUUUGGAGUCGUUGUGUGAUCGAUCAAAAUUUUCCAACUCCUCGAAACGAGAUGAAUUGAACUGAAAACUCGCGUAAACAUGGGAUGUUAAAUCAACCCGCGAAAGAAAACAAAACCGUGAAGAAACACAUUUCAGAAGUGCAUCCCGUAUCAGCGACGAGAAAAAACAUACAGCAUCUGCACGUGGUGGUCCAAAAUCCGACGGAUCUUACCUAAAAAUAGUGUCGACCGAAGGCAGAAGUUAAAAGUGUUGUUCCCGCCAAACUUGCGGCAGUCGUGUGAUCUGUUGAUCGUUUGAAAAGCAUAACGAAAAGUACCGAAGAAGGGAAUCUGUGUUUUAUUUAUGUGUUUUGUGUGAACAAAAGGCAAAUGUUGUUGGCAGUAUUUUUUGCGUCUAACUUCACGUCAAUCGUUGAUCCGAUUUCCCCCUAGUGUUAGAGGGGGACCCGCUUCGAGUGUGCAUAUUACGGUUCCAUUAGUUUGCAUUAUUGCAUGUUUCCUGUGCUUUGAGUGGAUCUGUUCGGGUCUGGUUCAGUGACUAUGCAUUUAGAGAAGGCCUUCGAUCGGUGAACUCUCGCAACAAUGAAAUUGGUCUUUUGGCACUUUUAGCCUUGGUUAACAGAAUGUCAGCGAGAAACUUACGGUGAAUAUGUCGCUGUGUUUGUUGUGAAUAAGAAGAAGCAUUCGAAAAAAUUUUUGCUGAAGUUUUUGAAAUGAUUGGUUGUAAGAUGUGGAUUAAGUUAGUGGAAUUUUGGGGCUUCAUGUGCAAUCCCGAAGAUAAUAAGUGUUAAGUGUAAGUAAACACUAAUUAUUGAUAUGUGCAUCGUAGUAUUCAGUGAGUUGUACUUCUUAAACGAAAAUGGAUAGCAGAGAAGGAAGAUCCACAGCUACUACAGUGUACCGAAUUCUGCAGAGCCCCGCGCCAAUCUGCAUGUUCUACUUCGCACAUCCCUUUGGAAUUUCAUCACCGGCCGUGGAAUCAUCUCCGGGGAAAACUGUUACGACCCGCCCACCGGAAUCGGAAUCCUGCCGAAAGCCAGUCCCGCUGCCGGCUUCCAAAUGUGAACAAGAACCUGUGAAAACUACGAUGGAAAACUCGGUUCGUCAAAGACCGUUGGACGAGUUGAAGCGAAUUCCUAACGGAGUGACAAUGUGUUGCGGAAGGCCGGCUGCGAAACCUAUCAAGCCGGAAAAUCGAACCAAAUCGAAAAAGAAUAAACACAGUUCCACUGGUACGGGAUUGAUAGCGAAGACGGAAGCUGAGGUUCUGUCAGUAAAGCCGCAUGCUAAAAGUGUAAAACGUGUGAAUUUGAUCGAACUGGACAGCCGGCAGACUCCGCUGACACCUUGGCCGAGUACAAUUUGGAAUAGGGAUUUUUUGAUACCACCGUUGUUGCAGGUGUUGGCGAAACAGCACGGUCGCAAGAUACCGGACAUCGAGCAAAUUUUGCGUACCGUGCGAACUGCCUGGAACACUCCCAGGUCUCAACGGUCGCUACUACAAAGCCAGGACAGUCGGGACUCAUCGUCGUCCAACUGGGACCUAUCGAGCUCGUGCGAUAGUUACUAUUGUGGUCAGGGACGGUACCACGGCAGCAGGAUGGGCGCCGGGACUUACGCCAUGGUGAUGGGUUCGGGCCCAGGACUGCUGAGAAGACGUUACUCCGUACCUGAAAUCAUUAUGCGAAAACAUACCUUAGCACAGCAGAAGUCAUACGAAGAGCCAUGCGACAGCAACCACAACAACACCAGUACAAGCAACAAAAACUGCUACCCCUCGCAAUAUCACACUCAGUACCCCCAGCAGCCCCAAACCGUGACACGAGGAGGAGGAGGAGGAGGCAGGCCGAUGACACGCGCUAGCAGCAAGGAAACCCCGGCGGUGGUGGCAUGCCAAAAGCAGCAACCACAAUCGCCACCGGUUCUAGUUCACCGGAAAUCGAUUAUGCGGACGGCCAACAGUGUGGAAAGUGCCCCGAACAGCAAUGGGAACAACUUUAACAUGACCACGCUGGCUUCCACCGGGUCCGAGUCCAACUUGGCCACGAUGAAACGUCAGCCGUCGCUAGGUGGUAUUAGUCGUAGUCAAAAGAGUAGUAGUGUUAUUGGUAUAAAUAGUAGCAACAAUAAUAACUAUAUUGGUCCUGUCGGUAGCACCGGGGUCAGCGGGGUGGGUUCAGGUGCCUUGGGCGGGUGUGGCGUGGGUGGUGCUACUGCUGAUUUUUCAAUGAGAAAAUCGACUCUGCUGCGAAGGAUGUGGAGCAAAGAAAUGCGAAGAUAUGACCGGUCUGGCAGUUGGUCACCACCUUUAAGGCGAGCACCGCGCCGAAUUUAUAGUAUUGAGAGCAUCAUUCCGCCGGAAGGACUUGGCGGCAGUGGUGGGGGGAGCGGUGCCAGCAGCGAAGGAGGGAGUUGUGUGACAACCACGACGACUUCGUGUAAAGAAUGUGCGAAGUUGGAGAAUCAGUACAAUAGUAUCGCUAGAAGUGGCAAGUUGGCUGAAGAGUCCCCGAAACGGCUUCGAUUGGCGACCUCGUUAAAUAACGUUAACAAUAAUAACCUUCAGAAGGGUGACGGUGUUGAGGGACUAAGUCGGGUCAGUACUCCGGGCAGGAUUCUGGUGUCUAGUGAAGGUGACAGUGUUAGUUUGAUUACGAAAAGCUCUAAACCGGAGGUUUCCAGCAGUACGGAGACUGCGAGUACCCCAUUGUUACGUCACAAAGAUCUAGUCGUCAAUGAUCGUAGCAAGCGGAACUUUGUCUUCAUGAAUGCCGGUCCGAAUACUCCCAGUACGGCUAACGACGUUGAGCUAGAAGAGGCUGAUCUGUCAAGUAGUACAUCGUCUAUUGCGUCCCAGGCUUGUGCCAGGCCAGUCGGCCACACUGGCUGCACUGGUACUAUCCUUGAAGCAAGCGAAGAAGGCACAUUAAUCGAUAAUGAGCAGGAGGUCAACAAGGACGAUACCAGUACGAUUUUGAACGCACAGGAUAACGAAAGUGAUCUGAGUGAGUUUCUGAAAGAGGAAGCAUUUGCCCGUCACGAUGAUAAUGAAAAUUGUCGGGAAGCUGCUACUGAGCGCGGUGGUGAUACUGAUGCUAAUGUACAUCCUCGAGAAUGUGCUCAGACUGUUGGUGGUGGUGCACCAUCAGGAUCUAUUGCUGUGAAGGUCAGUGAAAAACAAUUGAACGAAGAACAUUUCCCCUUGAAAAAACAAAUCGCACGGCGGAGUAGUGAUGCGAGCAGUAGUGCAGUAAGCAUUUCCACUGGGAGUACCGAUAGUGAAAGCUCAGACAAUGUUGCCAACUUGGACAGUGUGAGUGAGAAAAACAGACUAGCUGUUCUGACGCGUAGUGAUAUUUUAAAAAACGAAGAGCAUUUAGAUGAGUACAUAUCAAAUCUAUUGGUUGAUAACCUGAACAACCUAUUACAAACAAACGAGGUUUUUGCGAGUAGUGUUGCCAUUUCAAGAGUAAGUGCCGAUCAGAAAAAUAAUAACAAACUAACACUAGACGAAGUUCAAUCAAUAGAUCCAGUUGAUAACAGGCCAACACAGGUUAACGAAAUGAAACAAAAGCUACCCGAGAAAUAUAUCAAUGGAGGCGGUGGAGUGGUAUGUAAUUCACCGCCGCAACCAGGGAACAAACAUCAUCAAAGCAAGCUGGACAAAGAAUGCGAGAAAGAGAACCAGGAUACCAUGAAUAACAAUCAUCACGAGAGUGGUGCAAAAAUAUCAUUCAAUUAUAUUCGUAAGAAAAAUGGCGAAAGGCAGCAUAAUAUCAACGGUUUUUAUUUGGUUCCCAAAAAUAACUCUCGCGAAUCGGAUGGCGUUCCGUCGGAAAUCGAUCUCAAUGGAAAAUAUUACUUUCCUACAUAUGGAAUUGAAACAGAUCCAUCGGACUACACGGACAUUGCUUCGGAGCCCGAAGUGCAGAUAAUUAGCAAAAUUGGUACCGGUUCAACAUACCGCGGAAAUGCUCACUCAAGAUCUGUAAUAGUCUCUCGAAUGUCAGCUUUUCCGCGGACAGAAUCGAUGGAGGUUCAACCAUCGUCAACCUCAGCCGAGGAGGAAUUCGAAGAGUUAGCGGGUAACAACGGGUCCGAAUCCGAUACUCCGAGUCUGGUUGAUAGUCUUGACGAGGUAGAAAUCACACCUCGAAGAAGACACGAUCGAAAGAAAUCCUCUGCUGUAGCUAAGCCUGCCCCGGCAGCCGAGGUUGCAACCAAAUCCGAGUCUAUCAGUUCGGAUAAGUCACCUCGGCACGAAAAAGGCGAAGCUUUCUUCGUUCCAAUUCAAGACACUGCUGUGAUAUUGGACGACAACAUUGUGGUUGCCGAUGCGAUGCCUCUGCUCAUCAAGGAACGACUUAAUAGUCGUCAUCGGUUAAUGAUCUGGCGGAGAGAACAGGAAAAUCUUGAAAAGCACCGAAAGAUGAUGCGGCUGAUCGAACAGAAGAAAUUCUAUGGUGAACCGGCGAUUCAGGUCAUCAGCACAAUCGAUCGCGCUCUUGGUCGUAAGGAGCAUAUUGCUCCUGAGGACAAGAAACGAGUCUUUGGCCAAUCCUUGGCAAAAUUGCCCAAGGGCAAAAAGAAAGGCAACGUUAUGAGAACAGAGCUCGGCAUGCUGGAGUCCUAUAAAAUCGAUGCACGAGGAAACAUGCAGAUUCAAAAUCCAGCAGGAGGUUCUAGUGGCAGUACUUCAAGCACAAAGAAAGUUGCCAAAAGUCCUUGGGGACAAGCCGCAGAGAGAAGACAAACAAAGACUAUCGUAGAAGUGCCUCCGGUGCAAACCUCUACAAAAUCUUCGGUCCAAUCGGCAACGGCUACAACUAGUGUAUCAUCGAAAACCCCGCGAAAAACACCUGUCGAUCCUAGAAGAAAGCAAGUACUCAAGGAUGUUCAGCAAAUGACACUUUACCAACAAGCUGACCUUACUCCAGAUAUCGAAGGUGGUCCGAGGCGAAUGUACCAGAAGACAGAAAUCCAGGAGGGAGACAAACAUAUCGAAAUCUUGGAGAUAGUUGAAUGUGGUGACAGUGCUACGGGAAACACUCCACGAAGGAUGCCACGAGUGAAGAGUGCGGGAAGUCGAUCUGGUCAUAUAAGGUCACGAAUUCCUGUGCCCAUCUACAGAUGGGGUCGCUACCGAAGAAGCAAUAUUUCGCGAGAAAACAGCCCACUCUCGACUGGCGGCAAUAAGCCAAAGGUUGAUCGAAUGAUUGCCGAUCUGCUGCUAGAAGCUAUGACUAACCCAGAUGAUGUGGGCGUAAAGUUCAUAAAAUCACCGGAAGAACUAAAAGAAAAAUCGAAACGAUCUGCGGGAAAUCGAAAAAAUAAUACCACUAACAGUGGCACCCCGAAACGAUCAGCCAACAGUGGAAGAUACACCCAGAGAUUUGAGAUGAUCCCGGAAGAACGCAGCAGCGUAUCGGUGGGAUCCUCCAGUGAAGAGCUUUCCGCCGGAAGGAAGAAAAACUCGUCACCACGUCGAGUAAGCUUCGACGAGCACCAUAAAAUUCUCAACGUAGACGAGCUUAAGCCAGAUGCAUCCAAGCUGGCACCGAAAGUCAUAUCUCCCCGGCCAUCGCCGAAGCAGUCGCCGAAAAAAGUAACUCCAACCCCGUCACCUGGCCCCAAGGCACCUGCACUGAAAAAGAACAACACCACCAGCCGCGGAAAGGCGGCCAUCCAGAGCGAUGUGGUCGAAGAAAAGGGCUGGAUCGGGUUCACCACCCAGCACGAGGACACGGCCACUCCGGUCAACGGUGACAAAGAUGAAGACGUUUUCUGUUCGCCAGUAGCGGCGAACAAAGCACUAGCAAUAGAUGGCCACCAUCAUCGUUCAAAUCUAGCUGACACACCGAAGCAUGGCCGUAGAAGCAUUGUAAAAACCAUCACUACUGGAAACAUUGCACGUCACCAAGACACUUCCACCCAUCAGCAUCACUUAGUGGAUCACUUUCAUCGCCAUCAAAGAGUGAACAUCAGCGUGAACCACGAUUCUGUGCCCGUGGCGUUGACCGGAGGAUCGGUAAUCUCCGUCAAUCACGUGCGAUCGGCCGUGGCUACCGUUGGAUCGAACAGUAGCUGCAACGGCACAGUCGGCGAACCCGACCUUAAUAGUUUGCAUGCAUGUACCCUUAAUCAGCUAGCGAUCACCACGACUCCCGGUAACCGUAAACUGACAAGCAGUGAAUUUUCAGAUGAUUCAUGCUUCACCGAUAGUUUGAAUGCGCCGAAGCUAGACAUACACGAGCUCGCAGUUCCAGAGCAGCUGGAACGAGAACUCAGAUCUGCCCAAUACGGAGGGCAUUGCAUUAAUGAGCUCAAGUCUACAGCAGAAUCGGUGAAAGAGGUAAACGUAGAUAACUCGUGUGAUUGUAGUGAAUCAAUAUAUCCCUAUCGUCAGAUCCGAGAGGAGAAUGCUUGGCAUGUAUACGAGACGGUCGACUGCAAGGUUUUCCAAUCCAAAGUGGAGUACUUUGAAACUUCGAUUCAUCGGACACCACUCACAGAAAACCACCAAAGUUUGUUCGGACACUUGAAUGAGUGUACUCCGGAGUCUCUACGAUCCGCGAUUCUGAAGUCCAACUUUGACAACCAAGAAUUAGUCCGACAUGAUUUGCUGGCGGAUGAUCGCACGAAUCUAACCUCUUCAGAUACGUUGGACUAUCACCACAUCCCAGUGAUAUCCACUAUAGGCGCGUCGGCUAUUAACGAGGAAGCCCCAAAGACUUCGGAAACCUGCAGCAGCUGCUGCUUCUGCAAUCCAGAGUUGCACAAAAACUCUUGCAAAUCAUCCGCCAAUUGCUUCUAUUGCCAAGCCAAGUCUCAAUCACCCAGUAAAUCUUUUCCCAAUCCUCCAACUCCUCCCAACAUCCAAAUGUCGCCCAUUCCACCAUCUCCAAAGACGCCAAUCAUGGAGCUUACACCAACUCCGACUCUCCAGGAGAUUCCUUUACCUCCAAAGAAAGCUCCUCAACCGGAAAAACCUCAAAAACCUCAGGAGACUCCUAAGCCUCCACCGAUCACACCCAAAGCUAGCAAGAAGCUAGCGACGGAAACAUCGAUAGAAAUCAGUACCAGUCCCACUUCAAUCAACGGUCUCUAUAAGGAAACCACCAAGAAGACUGACCAUACUCAUACCAAAACGAAAAGCAAAGCCUCCGACACCGUCAGUACAAAGUGCACGACUUCCAAUGAAAAAAUUAAACGAUCCUACGUACCAUCGACAACGGCUGACUCGGAUAAGUUGGAGGAAGUCUCUAAAAAACUGACUCGCAAAAAAUCCGAGACCAGCGUCCUAAAUCGACCCAAAAAUAUUAACAACCUCAACCGAAAUUCCGCUAUCGUUCAUUCUGUGCAAAAGGAAAUAAAGAACGAGCUAAAAACUCCCAUUAAGGUGCUACCAAAAACCGCGAAAGAGCUUAACAAUCGCAAGGAACGCGAUAAGCAGAUCGAUCUGAACCUGCCGCUGGAUCCUCCCCCAAAAAAGCACGAAAAAUCCAAAACAACUCUCGGUUUCGAGAACUUCGUCAAAACCAAGCCAACACUGUGCGUUUCAUCGCAAAGCUACGAAGAGUCGACCUCCUCCAGCUCGACCGACACCAGCCCGAAUUCGAGCCCGUUCAAAAAAUGUGCCGUUCUGCCACCGGCGGCUCGCUGGAAGCACAACAGCGAGCGGAACCUUACACAGCUAACGAUGCAAAAAAUCGCAACGGCCAGCAAGUGGGGAAACAAGUGGCGAAAAGCGGCCCGACAACACGAGCACUCCCCAGCGCCGGCGGGAUACGAGCCCGAAAACCCGAUAAGUCCGGCACGGCCGAGUCGACACGGAGAGCCACAAUGCGGGAAGCCGACGGAUGGUUCGAACGUAACUAGCGGGACGACGGCGUCGGCAGUUACGGCGGCGAGUUCCGCCGCCAUCGUACCCAGCACCGUUGGAGGAAUCAGCCACAGCACGACAACCAAUCAAGGUUGGACGGUAACAGUGGCAGGCAACUACAAUCCAGACAUGGCACCCGAUGUCGAGAUGCGCCUUAGUUUUCCGAAGCAAACGAAUGGAGGAUCCGCUGGCAAAGCCCCAUUGGUUAAUAGUAUUGCACAGGGUAGUGGUAGCGGUAGCAUCGGAUCCAAACGUACCGAUAACCAUUCAGCGGUCAACGGACACGAGAGCAGCUAUCAGUCCAAUAGCCUCGCUGGCAGUCGGAAGCAGUACGCCGAGGAAGCGCAUCACAUUGCGGCUCGCGGUGGACCAAACUAUGCCCUGCUUGAUAGUGACAGUUAUGGAAUUAGUCAGAGUUCUGCUCGAGCAGCGCUUCCACAUGCAGCCGGAUUGAAUCCCAAACGAUCGCUUUCACGUUCCGAUGGAAUAGCAGCUAGCAAGGACAAUCGUCUUCCAAAUGUUGGCACAUCGACCAACGUUCCGGCAAGACAGAACGGCAAAAAAGCGGUCAAGCAGACCGUGGAAUGUAGCGUCGUAACGUCCGCUACCUCAAGAACCAUCGCCAAUAAGUAUCACAUGCUAUCCCAUCAGCAUCAACUAUCGCACGAACAGACCCGACACCAGCAACCGUAUCCACAUCAAAUCAACCCGUCUUCCUCAUACAACCAUCAGCAACAGCAGCACCACCCGCACACCGUAGGUCCUCCACCGGGGACAACAACGACGACUACUGCCAGCAUGAAUGGAGGUGGUGGAAAACGCGGCGGCCGACAACGCGCCAUUUCCAUCCAAUCACUUCAUCAUACAUCAUUGCAAAAUGGCGGUGGUGGCAAGUUCCUCUCAUCCAACUCGCAUCAGACUCGCUAUCAUGAUCCGUCUGCCGUAGACUAUGGAAGCAAUGUGCACCAAACCGGCAACCGGCGGAUGUCGUUGGAGAGCAUCUAUAGUGGACCGCACCUGGACCACCUGUCGGUGAUGGGUAACGCGAUCGCACCGGAGCACAAACCCAAGGUACCGACGAUGAGCGAGCGGGAUCUGACGCGGAAACACCACCCCUGCUACGUCCGAACGCAGCCAUACUUUUCGUAGAUAUUCACUGCAAUAAUGGUCCUACAGUUAAUUGAAAAAUAUCAUCUAAUUACUCUAGUUAAGGCCAGGUUUAGUUUUACCUUAGAAGGAGGAAGAAGUUUUAGUCGAGCGUUGAAUUGUUGUUUUUUUGUUAGUAGAACAUUUUGAAUGGGGGAACAACACCACGUGAAAAGCAUUUAAAUUGUUCAUUGUAGGAAAAAACAGUUACGUUUAGAUUUAGUUGCAUAGUUCAGAUAAAAACCAUAAGACACCCGCGAACAAUGUAAUUUGAAGGAAAAAGUAUUACCUAUAUUACCAAUGUUUGAUGAUAUUAUAUUGUACAAGUAUGGUAAAAUAUACUCGUAAAAUACA